CAAUCCAAAAAAAAAAAAAAAAAAAAAAAAAAACAGAACGUAUUUUGAUUUAUCAGCUGAGAAUUCCAAAAAUGAUAUCGUUGUUAAAGUACCCAGUGAAUUUUUUUUAACACAAAUUCAAUAAUAUUAAUAUAAGUUUUAUUUAUUUCAAUAAUGAAUUUAGUUUUUAUUUAAUUAAUUUUACAACAAUGUUAUCACGAAAGAAUAAAGAUUUGAGAACAAUUAAAGAAGGUGUAGUAGGUAAAUAUGUCAAAAAAGAAACUCCGCCUGAAAUGCCAAUCAUUAACGUAUGGACUACUGAGCCUAAUAGAAGAAAUCGAAGACAACAUAAUCAACCAGCGAUUCCUGCUACAAUGCCAAUACCACAACAACCGAGUAUGGUGCAAAAAUUUGGCAACACCAAGACAACGACAAGCGCUGUAGGUUUAGGAAGUCAUGAAGGAAAAUAUACACCAAAUAGCUCUGUUCCUGAUUUAGCUCAAAGGUUCGCUAGUUUGUCUGUUAAUCCAGGAGUUAUUGAAGGAGCUGCGUCCAGAACAGCUACUCCGUUAUAUCACCCAAGGUUAUCACCGACCAUAUCUUCCUCGCAUACAUAUGUUAAUCAGUAUGCAGGUUCAGAGUAUCAUCUUGAUCGUGUUCAAACACCACAAUUGCCUUAUUUACCUUUUGAAUCUGACGUAGCUUAUGAUGAUUUCAAUAAAGCUUAUCAUAACCCUGGAUACAGUCGAGCGCAUUCAGAAAGAUCGAGCUCACGUAAUGAACAACCAGCCGAGUUACCUCUUCCUCCCGGGUGGUCAGUUGAUUUUACACUACGAGGAAGAAAGUACUAUAUUGAUCAUAAUACUAAAACAACUCACUGGUCUCAUCCGUUGGAAAAAGAAGGACUUCCCACUGGUUGGGAGAGAAUCGAGUCACCUGAAUAUGGUGUUUAUUAUGUCAAUCAUAUCACAAGGCAAGCACAAUAUGAGCAUCCUUGUUAUCCUACGGAACUACAACAGCAAGUAGGCAUUGUAUCACCACCACGGCAUACUCAUUUCCAUUCCCACAGUGUAUUAGUACCAGCAAACCCGUACUUGAAUGAAGAAAUACCUCAUUGGCUAUACGUGUACAGCAGAGCAUCGAUAACACUUGAUAGAAAAUUACGAUGGGAGUUAUUCCGUUUGCCAGAACUCGAUUGUUUCAAUGCGAUGCUUACUAGACUUUAUAAGCAAGAAUUAGAGGAAGUUGUUAUGAGAUACGAAGAGUAUCGGUCAGCGUUACUCUGUGAAAUGGAGCAAAGAUUGAAGGAGUUAAAUCCUGAGAAUGAAUCGUCAGCUGGUGCAGUUGCUCUGCGACGAUCUUUGCCUUAAUUUAUAAAUUAUGCAAUUUAAUAUUAAUUAAUUAAUUGUACAUACAAAAAGUAUUUAUCCCAUUUACAAUUGUUGAUAGUUUUUAGUAAAUACAAUAAUUAUUUUACACUUUCGACACCAGUAAAAAAAA